UGACGCUCUGCGAACUUUGACGUUUGGAGUGACGGGGCAACCCACAGUAAACACAAAACUGACGCUUCAUCAAGAGCAAGCUAGCCAACGGGACUCAGAGCUGAAAGGCACGCCUAGUGAUGUGUUUGUCCCAUGUGGUAUAGUGGAAGACUCUAGCUGAACCCCCUCCCUGUCCUCGAAGACCUUCACCAACACCUUCCUCCUCUUUCUUGUUUCGGCCGCUCCUGUGAUGCCUCCAUCAUGCUGUGCCUCUCUGUCACAGUACACUCAUCAUCAUCUGGUUGUCUUUCUUCUCACCUUCUUUAGCUACGUGUUGCUGCAUGCGUCCAGGAAGACAUUCAGCAAUGUGAAAGUGAGCAUCUCAGCUCAGUGGACGCCUUCCAUUCUUAAUGACAGCUCACCUGCCUUCUCGGCUGGCGAGACAUGGCAGGAUAAUCGUCUGUUUGAGGAUGAAAAGCAGGCCACUCUGUUUCUGGGGAUUCUGGACUCCAUCUUCCUCUUCUCAUAUGCAGUGGGUCUGUAUCUGAGUGGUAUGAUUGGAGACAGAGUGAACCUCCGCUAUGUGCUCUGCUUCGGCCUGUGUGGCUCUGCUGCAGUGGAGUUUGUGUUUGGCACUCUGACUGAAUGGCUCCACAUCUACAACAUCUACCUGUACAGCAGCCUGUGGGUGCUUAACGGCCUGCUGCAGUCGGCCGUCUGGCCCUGCGUGGUGGCCGUCAUGGGCAACUGGUUCGGGAAGGCGGGCCGUGGUUUUGUGUUUGGCCUGUGGAGUGCAUGCGCCUCUGUAGGCAACAUCCUGGGUGCUUUCCUUGCCUCCAGUGUUCUCAAAUAUGGAUAUGAGUACGCCUUCCUGGUGACCUCUGUUGUGCAGUUUGCGGGAGGGGUGGUCGUGUUCUUCGGCUUGCUUACCUCCCCAAAGGAAGUUGGUCUGAGCUUGGAGUCAGAAACUGGACUCGGCCCCAUUGAGACAGACACGGACAGCCACAAGCCUCUGAUGAGCGACGAGGAGGAUGAGGUGGAGAAGUACAGCAGGCGAGGCCAGUCUGUCGAGCAGCCUGUAGAGCCUCCAGCCGAGUCUCCACAGGCCAUCGGCUUCUUAAAGGCUUUCUGUCUUCCUGGGGUGUUGCCUUAUUCCCUGGCUUAUGCAUGUCUGAAGCUGGUCAACUACUCCUUCUUCUUCUGGCUUCCCUUCUACUUGAGCAACAACUACAAGUGGAAAGAAGCCCAGGCCGACCGCCUGUCUGUGUGGUAUGAUGUCGGAGGAAUCAUCGGAGGAACAUUUCAGGGUCUGAUCUCUGACUUAAUGGGAAAAAGAGCGCCGGUGCUGGUCAUCAGUCUGAUCCUGGCAAUCGGAGCCCUGGUGGGAUACAGCCGAUCACCUAAUGACCAGGUGAUAAACGGUGUGCUGCUAGCUAUUACCGGAUUCUUCAUCGGUGGGCCGUCCAACAUGAUCAGCUCGGCCAUAUCUGCUGACCUGGGCAGGCAGGAUGCUCUGAGGGGCAGUAAGGAGGCCUUGGCUACUGUCACUGGUAUAGUGGAUGGAACUGGAAGUAUAGGAGCUGCUGCAGGACAGUACUUGGUGUCUCUGAUAGAGAGCAAGCUGGGCUGGAUGAGCGUGUUCUACUUCUUCAUUGUCAUGACUGCGGGCAGCAUUGUGUUCAUCACUCCCUUGCUUGUCAGAGAGCUGCGGGCCAUGUGGACAGAGAGGCGAGCCCGGCGACGGCAGCUGUAAAAAAUCUUAACCACCAUCAGUUUUUACUCUAAUCAGUGACAGUGCAGCAGGUCUGGUGUGAUUUUGUGGUUGUUGAAAGAUGAUGCUACUUACAGUACAUGUAAGAUUUGGAGUUUGAGCUGAAGUCCUUGCCUUAAGAAGAAAAAAACCCCAAUAGGUUGCACUGUUCUGUAUAUUCAGGGCCUUGUAAAACAUCCCAGAAUGUACUAAUGUGUAUAUUUUAAGGGUUUAAAUGGAUGUAAAUGUUGAUGUAUUUGACUCAAUGUUGCCAAAUAUAGAAACUAGAGCUUCUUACCGUAAAGAUCUGACUCUUUGAGAAAGCUUAAUGCCUAAGGAAUGUGAACAGUGAUUGUAAAGUAGAACUCUGUAAUCAGUUCUUGUAGAUAUGUAUCUAUUUUAGUCGUUUUAAAUAUUGCACUAUGUUCUUCUCACAGUAAUCAGGCACAAGCCUUAAAACAUUUUAAUAAAUCACUUUUAGAGGUCUGGGAAAGCUCCAGAUCACUGCCAGUUAAUCUCACCUAUGUACAGUUUUUUGUAAUUGUGUUUUAAUGUUUUACUGUAAAGCCUUUUCAUGGCAGGGGGCUGGUUCUCUUCAUUCUGUGUACGUGUGAUUUUUAUUGUUCCUUUUUCCAUUUACUGUUUGCUCGAAUGUUUACACCUUAAGUUUUAGUGUCUUAACUUGCACACAUGGGCAGAAAUGUUCUUAAACUCUGUGUUAACAGCAUAGCAUGCCUUAUUACUGUAAAACACACUACCAUGGUGGAAAGGUUUGCCUGUGUGCAUCAGGAGCCCUGCAUAUGUUUUAACUGAUUUUUAACUGUAAAUCCAUGUAGGUUAUGUCCAUAUUUAGGUUUUAACAGCCAGUGUAGGUAAAUAUGUUUAAUUCAGAUGCAAUGGUAUCUGCAAGGUGGGCAAUUUGUUCUGCUUAAGAGCAAAUUAGCUGCACAUUUGCAUAUAGCUAUAUAGGAUUGUGUAAAGCACAUUUAGGAAUAGCUAUUGCAAUUUUUUUUUUAAUCAUGUUAAGAAAUUUUCUUUGUCUCUUGAAAAUAAAAAAUCAUAUGAGAUUCCAUAUAAUUUUUAACAAAUGUAACUGUUUUUUGUUUUAAAUAAAUGCAAUUUUUAUUUCAUGAA